CUUUAUUACUUUAUUCGCACCAAAUACAGAAGAUGCAGUUGUAAAAUAUUUUCCCAACCAAAAACAGUACUCAGAGAAUACCGGCGAUGGAUUCUUCUUCUUCUUCUCCAAAAGCCUCGACAGUAGUUGAACUAACUGAAGACUAUUUAGAACAACUACUGAGAUUCACUCUCUUAUCUUCUAUCAAUGAAACCCUUGAAAUCAAUUUAGGCUUAUCAAAACAAUACUGUUCUCAUCUACUCAAACUUGAUGAUGCCCAACUGGAUCCCAGUUCCGAUCGUUCAUCAGAUACUUCUGAAGGAAUUCCGGUGUAUCCUUUGUAUAAGCGUCUAGCAUCAGAUUUGCUCCAGUGUAUAACUACUGGAAAGUUUGUGAAAGAGUCUAAUGAUGUGAUGUUGAUCAAGGAAGAUGAAUCAUUGAAGCAGAAAGAAGAAGAGUGGAGUAAGAUUAUUCGAGAUAAGGGAAUGGAAUUGGUAAAGAUGUUGAAAGAUGUAGAUUAUGAAAUUGAUGUGCAAGAACCUUUCUUUACCCAACUAAGAGUUGGCCGCAAAACAAUUGAAGGGAGGUGUGCUGUGGGUGACUACAACAGAAUCGGACCAGGUUCCUUGCUUCUUUUCAACAGAUGUCUUAUACUCGGAGUUCAGGAUGUUAGACGACAUCCUUCUUUUGCUGAGUUGUUGAAAACCGAGAGUCUUGAGAAAGUUCUUCCUGGUGUAGAUACAAUUGAAGAAGGUGUUCAAAUAUACAGGAAUUUUUACACUGAAGAAAAGGAGAAGUCCAAUGGUGUCCAUGCAAUUUGUGUUUCAAAACCAAAACCUCAGCCCUAUAUUUGUCUCGGCGCUAUAAUCUCUGGGUUGAAUUAUGAGGGCCUUGGUAGCCUAUUGGGAUUAAUGCAUACAACCGGAACAAUCGCUGAUGCUCUUCCUCCGCCAAGAUCAGCUCUCCUAUCUUCAUUUCUGACGCCUCAGAAUCCGCAUAUUAAAGGAAGCACCAUGACCGAGGGAGCAAGGGCCUUAGCGAAGCACGUGAACAGGGGUGGCAACAAAUGGUGGGGUAGUUUAGUUGGAAAUGAUAUCAAUAAAAACAAGAUAGCAUUGGAAGUGAUAAAUCAGUUGAUAAGUAACUGUCGUUGGAUUAACAUCCAUAUAGUUCCUCCAUACGACGGUGUUCUGGAGAUACGUGUUGCUGAAGGUUAUGGUGCACGGUGGUCUAAAGAAGGUUCAAAGUUUAUCGGGUUUCUGGAACCAUACAUGGAGGAUGGCCAUUCAAAGAGAUGGAGACAUUAGACUUUGUUACUGAAAGCAUCAAUCAGUUUUCAUUGUGUCUGACAUCAUAUUACAUGUGUAAGCAACUGUUUCAAACACUUGUAUGCUUUCAUUUCCUGAAGCUAAAGGAACCAUGUGUGUAAAACCCUGGUUACUAUCAAGGAAGGUGGCAAUGUAAGACUCACUGAAACUAGAAUCAACUUUACUCUGUUCUAAAUCUGAGCUAGCUCUUGUUGAAUAAUGUUAUAAUGAAAAAAAUUAGAUUUCUGACAGAGC